AUGGCCAGCGACUUCCUCUCGGACAACCUUCGGCCGUUGCUUCUGCCCUACAAUGAGCGCUGGCGGCGCGGACGGAAGCUCAUGCAUCGGCUGACCAUGGAAAAGAUGGCGAGCUCAUACCAGCCUUCUCAAAGCAUCGAGUCAAUGCGAUUGCUUUACGACCUGAUAAGGGACCCAGCCCGAUAUGAGCUAUGGUUCGAGCGGUAUGCCGGCGGCCUGAUCUUUCGAAUUGGGUAUGGUAAGACCGUCGUGACCGGCGAGGAAGCCCACGUGCGGAAGGCUCUCCACGUUGUCCACAGUGUGGAACGGAUCGCGUCUCCCGGGUCUUAUCUUGUCGACACCGUACCCGUUCUGCGAUAUCUUCCGGAAUGGAUGGCACCAUUCAAAAAAGAGGGACGGGAGCUUCACGAGGCGGAGCUCAGGUUCUUCCGGACUCUGAUCAAUGAUGUCCGGGCUGAUAGGGAACGUAACCUGGCGGCACCAUCUUUCACCAAGACUUGGCUUGAAGAGCAAGACUUGUAUGGUCUGACACAGGACGAGGCCGCGUACGUGAUAGGCACGCUUUUUGAAGCGGGGAGUGGCACAACAGCCUCAGCUAUGAUGUCGUUCAUGCUGGCUAUGACUCUCUACCCGGAGUGGCAAGAGCGCAUGUGGGAGGAGGUUGACCGUGUGUGUCGUGAUAAAAUGCCCGAUUUUGGCGACAUGCCUGAUCUUCCGGUAUGCCGUGCUGUCAUCAAAGAGGUUCUCCGUUGGAGACCAGUUACUGCCGGAGGCGUGCCCCACCAGUUAACGAAGGACGACGUCUACAACGGCUUUUUCUUCAAGAGGGGAACCAAUUUUCACGCCAAUCAAUGGUACGUUAAAUAG